UUGAAAUGCAGAACUCAAGCUUCUUUCUGCGGGGCACAGACUUCCUUUUACUCUUCCCUUUGGCACCCUCGCCGCCUCCUCCCGGGGAGAAGCCGAGGCACCCGCGGCUUGGGACAGCCACAGGCCGACGCAGGGAGAGCAAGAGAAAAGUUCCUUUCUGGGAGUGCGGAACUGGGGCCGGGUUGGUGUACUGCCCGGAGCAAUGGAGCCAGCCUUCGGAGAGGUGAACCAGCUGGGGGGAGUGUUCGUCAACGGAAGGCCUCUGCCCAACGCCAUCCGGCUCCGCAUCGUGGAGUUGGCCCAGCUGGGCAUCCGACCCUGCGACAUCAGCCGCCAGCUCCGGGUCUCGCACGGCUGCGUCAGUAAGAUCCUGGCGCGCUACAACGAGACCGGCUCGAUUUUGCCCGGGGCGAUCGGGGGCAGUAAGCCCAGGGUCACCACCCCGACCGUGGUGAAACACAUCCGGACUUACAAGCAGAGGGACCCCGGCAUCUUCGCCUGGGAGAUCCGCGACCGCCUGCUGGCGGACGGCGUGUGCGACAAGUACAACGUGCCCUCGGUGAGCUCCAUCAGCCGGAUCCUGCGCAACAAGAUCGGCAACCUGGCGCCGCAGGGCCACUACGACUCCUACAAGCAGCACCAGCCCGCGCCGCAGCCCGCGCUGCCCUACAACCACAUCUACUCCUACCCCAGCCCCAUCGCGGCGGCGGCCAAGGUGCCGACGCCCCCCGGGGUGCCCGCGCUCCCCGGCUCGGUGGCCAUGCCGCGCACCUGGCCCUCCUCUCACUCCGUCACCGACAUCCUGGGCAUCCGCUCCAUCACCGACCAAGGCGUGAGCGACAGCUCCCCCUACCACAGCCCCAAGGUGGAGGAGUGGAGCAGCCUGGGCCGCAACAACUUCCCUGCCGCCGCCCCGCACGCAGUGAAUGGACUGGAAAAGGGAGCCUUGGAGCAGGAAGCCAAGUACGGCCAGGCACCAAAUGGCCUCCCAGCUGUGAGCAGUUUUGUAUCAGCGUCCAGCAUGGCUCCUUACCCCACUCCAGCCCAAGUGUCACCCUACAUGACCUACAGUGCGGCUCCUUCUGGUUAUGUUGCUGGACAUGGGUGGCAACAUGCCGGAAGCACCCCACUGUCCCCCCACAACUGCGACAUCCCCGCAUCGCUGGCUUUCAAGGGAAUGCAGGCAGCCAGAGAAGGUAGUCACUCUGUCGCUGCUUCUGCGCUCUGAUGCGAACCUCCAUUUCCAACAUCUUCACUGGGGUCCCCCCUCUCAGCACAUCCUCCCCCCCGCUUCCCCGCCCCUCCAGUGGUCCGGCCCUUCUGCCUCAAGAGCUGGCUUUAUGGAUUCAUAAUCUUUGUGCUGAUGACACUUAAAUAUUUCUUGCCGUAACUUCUCUUUUUUUGCAGGAAAUCUGGCAUAACUUUAGGAUUUAAAAAACAAAAGCAACUCUAAAGAUUGAAUAAGACAUUUGUGUUGCCUGCACGCACACUGUUUUUACAUACUGAAGAAACCUAUAUCCCUCAAAGGGCUUAUGGAACUUUGUAGACCUGUCUUUGGUAAACCCACACAUGUGUAUUUAUUCUAAAUCAACCUGAACCUUUGAAACGUGCAAUUGUUAAGAUUUUGCAAAAUCAAUAAAGGAAAACAGACGUAGAAAGAAAAAAAAAACAAGUCAUGAUACUGUCUAAUCAAAUAAGGUGAUCAAAUAAGCCUAAUUCACCAUUAGGAAGACAAUCAAUAACUGACUUGUGUGAUCUUGUGCUUAUUUUUAAGAGAUGAUGUAUUUUGUUGAAAGUAUGUAUAGAACCCAAGCAAUAUCGAAAUUUUGCUCCUUUUGGUGUUUUGACCUGGUUCCUGAUACAGUAAUGUUUGUUUUUCUAUUAGCUUAUAAAUACGGACUGUGGAUAAUAUGUUUGUGUCUUCAUUCCGUGGGGUACCUCUCCUCCAACACCACCACCUCUCUUUUUUCUUUCUUUUUUCACAAAGGUGACUUUCUGGCAAUCUCCUUUUCUCUGUUUGGUGGUGGGCCACCCGGGCUCCUGGACCUGGCCUUGCCGUCCAGGUUGUGUGUGUAGCAAAGGCUUCAGCAUGUCCUGAAGGAAACUUUCUACAGCAGAGGACUCACACACAGAUCAAACAAGCCAGUUUCCGAUUUGUAUCCCAGUCGAACAACACAUAUGCCAAGCACAGGACAACAAGAGGCUGUAACAUACCAGUACCGCAAGGAUCUAAAGGAAGUCACCUAGAAACAAGCCUAAUGUGAAAUGUUUUUACAAAGACACUUAAGAUGAACUUUAUGCAAUGAAAAACCACUGUGAAAAUGAAAUUGUACUGUUUUUGUUGGCUUACCUGUGUGUUCAGCAAUCUCAGCCCCAAAUUAUCUUGUAACUUAAAAGGAAAUGGAGAAUUCUGCCUUAAUGAAUGUAACAAUGUCUUGCUGUGACGUUUACAUUGUGUGUGAAGCAUGUUCCACAUGUAGGUCAAUUGGUGUUGGUAUUAGAAAUACAAAUGCUAUUUAAUUUUUAGCAAAUUCCCUUUAUUCACUUAUGGAAUUACAGAACAGAACUUCUAAGCCUUUCUAGACCAAUUUGUUUUUACUUUAAUGUUAUGAAUAUUGUUGCAGGAUAUGUGUGUGUGUGUGAGAGAGAGAGAGAGAGAGAGAGACAGAGAGAAAGAGAGAGAGAGAGAGAGAGAGACCACAUGAUUAUAUGCUUUAUUUUAGAAUAAUUCAUUCUCUAUGACAAGAUUCAACAGUUCACAUUCCUUCUGCUUAGGAGGUUCCUCCUGCUUGGCAAAAUAGGGUUAAAAUGAAGUUGUAGGAUGUGGCAUAGUUUGUCUGCUGGGGUAGUAAUGUACUGCCGGGCGUCUUGGUUCAUCCCAUUCAGUAACUAAACAGGUGCCUCCCCAGAUGUGGGUGUGGAAGAAACCAGUGUGUGGGCAGCUUUGGUUGCUUUGUUUUUGUGCUGUGCUCAGUUGACAGAGGAACCCAGUGCAGCCACCCAGGUCUCAUCCUCUUCUCCAGCUUGGAUGGCUACAUCAGCUAGUUUUUAAGCAGACUUUUGACACACAGUUGUGUUCAAGGAACUGUUCUCUCUCUCUCUCUCUCUCUCUCUCUCUCUCUCUCUCUCUCUCUCUCUCUUUCUCUCUUUCCAAACAGCAGAUGUCUUAUAGAGAGCCUCUCACUGAAUUUCUUUCUAAAGCAACUGACACUCAUUGCUACAAACAGGAUUAUAACUUCAGGAGAAGAAUACGCAGAAGGAGUCGAUGAACUCUCAGGGCUUUGAUCUUGUAAAUCUCCCCACUGACGUCUGGAGUCCCCAGUGUGCUGAGAAUAUAGACUAUAACUGGAUGGCACAAAGAUACAAUCCAGUAUUUUGGGGAGACUUUCAAACCAUGUGUUACAGGAAUGUGCUUGCCAUCCAGAAAAACUGACUUAAGGUACAGAACUGCUCUUUAUCUAAGCAUCUUAGGUGGCUGUUAGGGUGUUGAGAAAUAUCAAAUGCUUGUAUGGAAAUACAACUGUUAAUGUUAUUUUUCUUAUCUAAAUUAAGAAAUCUUAUUGUUAUUUAUAAUUUUUCUGGUUUUGGUAUUUUAAGAAAUUAAUAUUAAUGGUGUCAAAGUUUUCUUUUUCACUUUCACUCUUCUUCACAGGUUUUUUUUUUUUAAUUAGUAACAGUAAAUAUACAUGGAACAGUUCUCAAAAGACCACAGAAAGCCUAGAUAGAGCUGGCCAUUGAUGGCCACUUCUGAUUGGAAGCCACUUUAGAAAGAAAGAACAGGAAACCAGUAGACCCGGGGACUGCCUAAUCUUUAAAACUGUUGCUACUGGCACUAACCUCCUCCUGAUUCUCAGACGGUACCGUUUUCUAAGUUACCUUCAGAAUUCCCUUUUCAUGCCGCUCUGUGCCUUUAGCCCUCUCUCACAGGAUGCUAGUGUGCAUUACAUUCAAGGACAGAGAGA